AUGGCACUGCUUAGCAACACACUGGCAGCGUACACCUUUAUAGCCGAGCAGCCUGAAAAGACAGCGUUGGUGUUUUUGGGAGGAGUGUGUGGAGGACUACUGCUCACACUCUGUGCCAUAGUCUUUCAGAUCCACUGCAGAGCAGACUGUCACUAUGGGAAGAACCCUCCAAAGAAACGGCACAAGUGCAGACACCCUGGACGCCUCCCCGCCUGUCCCCUCCAUCAGCACUCUGACAGUAACAUGCACAACACUAUGGUCCCAUAUGGGACAGGGGCCACAGGGGACAACCAAUCAGAGGACUGGGACGAAUCUUGUGACCUGUCCACACGGAGACGCAGGCGCUUUGAGAGGGCUUUACUGAAUGCCACCAUGUUUACAUCUGCAGAGGAGCUGGACCGGGCUCAGCGGCUGGAGGAGCGAGAGCGUGUUCUCCGGGAGAUAUGGAUGAACGGACAGCCAGACAUCAGCACGGUCACCCAGAGCCUCAACAGAUAUUACUAA